GUCUAAAACUCUCUGUCUUUCAUCUCUGUCGCAAAGGUUCCAACUUUCCGACAUGUCGUUGUGUACAUCUAAUCUCUAUCUUUCUUCUAUCAAUCUCUAUCCUUCUUCUUCUUCCAUCAAUCUCUUCUCCAACAACAACAACUCCCCUAAACCCUCUCUCAACUCUCUCCGAUUCACCACCUCUACUUCUUCUUCCUUUGUUGCUCCUCUCAAACACUCUACCACCAAUCAAUUCUUUACCUCUCGUUUUCUUUCUAACCGUAUCCAAAGCCGCCAACUUUGGCUUCGUUGCGUCAUGUCAGAGUCUGAGCCGUCUUUUUCAGUUUCUCCCGGCGGUAACGGCGGCGCUGAAGAGGGAGUGAUAGUUCUUGUGAUAGGUGGAGGAGGGAGAGAACACGCUCUUUGUCACGCCUUGAAACGCUCUCCUUCCUGUGACUCUGUGUUAUGUGCUCCUGGAAACUCUGGAAUCACGAGCUCUGGAGAUGCUACUUGCGUACCUGACCUUGACAUAUCAGACAGUUCAGCUGUUAUAUCUUUCUGUCGAAAACGGAAUGUUGGUUUAGUGGUUGUUGGUCCUGAAGUGCCUCUUGUUGCUGGUUUGGCUAAUGACCUGGUUAACGCUGGUAUCUUCACCUUUGGACCUUCUUCUCAAGCUGCUGCUUUGGAAGGUUCCAAGAACUUUAUGAAGAAUCUUUGCCACAAGUACAAUAUCCCUACUGCUAAAUAUAAAACAUUUUCAGAUGCAUCUGCUGCUAAAGAAUACAUUCAAGAACAAGGAGUACCAAUCGUGAUCAAAGCAGACGGAUUAGCAGCAGGAAAAGGAGUCACAGUUGCCAUGGAACUAGAGGAGGCUUAUGAAGCUGUUGACUCAAUGCUGGUCAAAGGUGUGUUUGGUUCUGCAGGGUGUCAGGUGAUAGUGGAGGAGUUUCUGGAGGGAGAAGAAGCUUCCUUCUUUGCACUUGUGGAUGGAGAAAACGCUAUUCCUCUAGAGUCUGCUCAGGACCACAAGAGGGUUGGAGAUGGAGAUACUGGUCCUAACACAGGAGGAAUGGGAGCUUAUUCUCCUGCUCCUGUCUUGACCAAGGAGCUGCAGGAUGUGGUGAUGGAGACUAUAAUCCAUCCUACUGUUAAAGGAAUGGCUGAAGAAGGAUGUAAGUUUGUUGGUGUUCUGUUUGCUGGUCUCAUGAUUGAGAAGAAAUCCGGUUUACCUAAGCUGAUUGAGUUUAAUGUCCGGUUUGGAGAUCCAGAAUGUCAGGUACUGAUGAUGCGUCUUGAGUCUGACUUAGCUAAGGUUUUGUUAGCGGCUUGUAGAGGAGAGCUAAAGGGUGUGUCUCUAGAUUGGUCUAAAGAUUCAGCCAUGGUGGUUGUAAUGGCUAGCAAAGGCUAUCCAGGUGCUUACGAGAAAGGAACCAUCAUAAGAAACCUUGAAGAAGCUGAAAAGGUUGCUCCAGGAGUGAAGGUUUUCCAUGCAGGAACGGAUCUUGAUAAAGAAGGGAACGUUGUAGCGUGCGGGGGACGUGUUCUUGGGGUCACUGCUAAGGGUAAAGACUUGGAAGAGGCGCAAGAAAGAGCGUAUAUGGCGGUUAAACAGAUCAACUGGCCUGAAGGUUUCUUUAGGAGUGAUAUUGGUUGGAGAGCGCUUUUACAGAAACAAGUAGCUUCUAAAGAGUGA